AUGCGUGUCGAGUUUCCAUCCAGAAGGAAGGCUGGAGAUUCGUCAUUCGAGUAUGCUUUUCAGAGACGAGAAAAAGAAGAAAGAGAGACCGCUGCUCUGCCUCUGAUCUUACCAGACCAGUUCGCACUUCUUUCGAAACAGGGCCAGGCAACACCUGAGCAUGCGCGCUCGUGCGUAUACCACUUGAAAAAUGACCUGCAAAUCAAGCCGCUAUCGCAGCGAGGCUCCGAUAGCGAAGCUGGACACGUCGGCGGGAGAGUCCUUCAUUGGCUGUGGGGCCAAGACAUGAAUGUCAGGGACGAGCUUUCGCUGGAUCGGAUCUUUGUGGAACGUCUUUCUUAUUUCUUGGUCGCCGAAGGCAGAGAGGAAUUCCUUUGGAAAUGGCUGCUCCACGAAUUGGCGACCACGAAGCGCCGCGUGAAUAAGCCCGGACGCCACCUUUGGGUACCUGGAAUCAUGAACGCCCAGCGUGAGUUUUUUGAUUCCGUUGUUCCGCCUCUGAGAACUCUGCACAGAGCAUUAGAAGAUUUCUCGGGCAGGCGUUUGUGGCCUAUGACUUUUGCUGCAGCCGUGGCUGGUCAAAUUAUGAUUACAAGCAACAAUGUACCACCCUACGACCCCGCUCUGUUUACUGUGGUGCUGCGUGCCAACGAGGCUGGCAAGAAAGGUCCAGUCCUUAGAUACACUCAAGCGGCUGCGAUGCUCUUCCACCCGACACAGCCGAAUGCCAGGUUUUUCUUGAAUGAGACAUCUGAGUACCUGAAGCUCGGCAUCAACACGGCUCGAGACGCUGCACAGAAUGCAUUCGCAGCACAUGUCCUUCGUGCUGCAUAUAUAUUUCGACUCCAGAACAACGCCAAAGAUGCAGCCUGGCUAGAAGCCAUUGUGAAAACAAGGUUUCCCGUUGUCUGGGCCGCCCGGGAGAAGAAAAGGUUGACGGAGCUGGAGACUGACCCUAAGCUGGAAGUAUUGCGGCGUCAAUACACAGGCCAGGCACCGCCGACUUUUGAUCCUUGGAGUUGA